AUGGAUGGUAAUUUCAAUUGUCUCUCAUAUGCAGAUGAUAUAGUACUGCUAAAUGAAUUAAGCCGUGAGUUGAAAGAAAUAUACCAGAAAAUGGACAACUAUCCACAGAAGGUUGAGCUAAAGGUGAAUCAAGACGAAAUGGAAUUCAUGCAAUUAGGAAGAAGACAAGAGCAGCAAGAAUGCCUUGAGGUAGAUGCCAUGAAGUUAAAGAGAGUUCAACACUUCAAAUACUUAGGAUCUUGGUUUACCAGCGACUACAGCAAGGAAAAGGACAUGAAAGAAAGAAUACCAGUGAGAAUGAAAUAUAAGAAUAUAAGAAUAUACAACACAGUGAUACGUCUAGCAGUCAAGUACAGUUCAGAGACCUGGAGCAUGACUAAACAACAAAAGGAAAAACUACUAAUAUUUGAAAAAAGAGUAACGAGGAAGAUAUGGGGACCGAUCUUAGAUAAAGGAGAGUGGAGGAGGAAGAAUGAGGAAAUCUACAUCUUGAUACAACAACCAACAAUCCUGCAGAAGCCGAAGAGCAAAAGAAUAAAGCGGUGGGUCAUGUAG